CAGUCACUUCCUCCGCCGUGCCCAUCCGGCUCCGGGGUCAGCGGCCGCCGCCGCGGCGGGACGGGGCUGAGGGGAGCCGAGCUUGGGGCGGGGGGGCCCGGCCGUCGGCGCGGCUGUCGGCUCGGAGCAGGACCGCGCUGCUGGAUGUAGAAGGGAAGUAGGUGGUGCCCGCGGAAAAUGCCUCUGAGGGACAAGUGCUGCCAGACUGACCACCAUCACCAUGGGUGCUGUGAGCCAGUGCAUAUGUUGGAACCUGGUGAUCCUCCAUUGUUACAGCAGCCUCUGCAAACGUCAAAAUCCGGUAUUCAACAAAUCAUCGAAUGUUUUCGAUCAGGAACUAAACAACUUAAACAUAUCUUGUUAAAAGAUGUGGACACCAUUUUUGAGUGUAAAUUGUGCCGGAGUCUCUUCAGAGGAUUACCAAAUUUAAUUACUCAUAAAAAGUUUUAUUGUCCUCCAAGUCUCCAGAUGGAUGAUAACCUCCCAGAUAUAAAUGAUAAACAGAGUCAAGCCAUAAAUGACCUCCUGGAAGCAAUCUAUCCAAGGGUAGACAAACAAGAAUAUAUAAUUAAAUUACAACCUAUAGAAACUAAUCAGAAUGCUGUAUUUCAAUAUGUAUCAAGGACUGAUAGCCCAGAAGAGAACACAGAAAGUAGUAGUCCUCCUGAUCAAACUCCAGUACAGACACAGGAACCCAGCACUGAGCAACCCAAGACUGUUUCAGCUCCAGCUCCAGUGGGGGAGACUGUAGAAUUACCUCCUGCUGAUCCUGUUACAAACAAGGUGAUACCUACUCCUGAAGAACAGCCUCCAGCAGUAACUCCUGAGUUGGACUCUUUGGAUAAUUCUGAUUUUGGCCACCAGCUGAUUUGUUGCCUUUGUAGAAAAGAAUUUCAUUCCAGACGCAGUGUACGCCGGCACAUUAGAAAAGUACACAAAAAAAAGAUGGAAGAGCUAAAGAAGUACAUAGAAACAAAAAAGAAACCAAAUCAGUGCUCCACAAAGGGACGAAAUAAGAACGUUCUUGUAACAUUAGGUAGAAGUUGUCCUGUGUGUUAUAAAUCAUUUGCCACAAAAGCCAACGUAAGGAGGCAUUUUGAUGAAGUUCAUAGAGGAUUAAGAAGGGAUUCCAUUACUCCUGAUAUAGCUACAAAACCUGGGCAACCUUUGUUCCUGGAUACAGCUUCUGCUAAAAAAUCUUUUAAGACCCGAAAACAAAAGUCGUCUUCAAAGGCUGAAUACAAUUUAACUGCGUGCAAAUGCCUUCUGUGCAAGAGAAAAUAUAGUUCACAAAUAAUGCUGAAAAGGCACAUGCAAAUUGUUCACAAGAUAACUCUUUCUGGAAAGAACUCUAAAAGAGAGAAAGGACCCAACAAUACUGCCAAUGGAACAGAAAUAAAACUAAAAGUUGAACCAGCAGAUUCUGUAGAACCUUCACCCCCUUCCAUUGCUCUUUCUCCACAGAAUGAAUUAAAGGGAACAAAUCAUUCAAACGAGAAAAAAAGCACUCCGUCAGCACAGAAAAAUAAAGUUAAACAGGACCCAGAAAACCCUAAAUCAACCUCUAAAUCAACCACUAAGUCAACCUCUAAACCAACCUCUAAAUCAACCAAUGCAUCUGCUGCAGGUGGCCAGCAAAAAACCAGGAAGCCAAAACUUUCAGCUGGCUUUGACUUCAAGCAACUUUACUGUAAACUCUGUAAACGCCAAUUUACUUCAAAACAGAACUUGACAAAACACAUCGAAUUACACACAGAUGGGAAUAACAUUUAUGUUAAAUACUACAGGUGUCCGCUCUGCUCGUACGAAACACGUCGCAAACGCGAUGUGAUAAGGCAUAUAACUGUAGUUCAUAAAAAGUCACCGCGCUACCUUGGGAAAAUAACUGCAAGUUUAGAAAUUAGAGCAAUAAAAAAGCCAAUUGAUCUUGUUCUAAAUAAGGUGACAAAAAGAGGCCCUCAGAGGGAUGAAACAAAACAGAUUGGUUCCAAACAGGAUGUCACUUCUAAUUCGCCCAAUAAAAAGUAUGAAGGAGCUGAUGUUGGCAUUGAAGUAAAAGUAACAAAAAACUUUUCUCUUCAUCGAUGCAAUAAAUGUGGGAAAGCGUUUGCCAGAAAAGCUUUCCUAGAACAUCAUAAGAAAACCCAUAAGGCGAAUGUAUCUCAUUCACCUGAAGAAAAUAAAACCAAAGGCAGAAGUACAAGAUCUAAAGCUGUUGUCUGAUAGGUUCAAGUGAUGUUCGGAAAGUUUGGAGUUCAUUUGCAUGAAAAAGACUUUUAAUGUGGUGUUGGAACCGCUAAUAUCUUGAUAAUGGUACUGUGAGGAGGAAAUAUUUUCAUAAGCUGUUGUUUUCUUACUAAAUUACGACCAUUCUGACUGCUUGUUAGACAGUGCUUCCUCCCAAAACACUGCAGUAGUUGAAAUACACAUGUACUUCUAAAUUAGCAGUUAACUAUGCUUAUGUCUAUGCAGUUGAGGUUUGAUACAUGAACUUCAAAAAAAAAUAAUACAGAGGCAACUCAAACAACAGCUUUGGAAGAAGACCUCAUUUAGGAAACCAUCUUCAGAGAGCUCAUCGUACAUACUGUUCCUCCCUAAUAGCGCUAACUGAUGAACAGCUCUUAACUUUUUUGUGAAAUCUACUUUGGCAAUUGUUGUGUUAUAUACUGUUUAAAUUUAUUACAAAUGAAUGUAUAAGAGCAAACAAUGUAGUGUAUAUUGGCUGAAUUGUACUAAUUUUUAGUAUUUGCCAUAACAUCAGUUUGUUCAUACUGACUAAUUUCCCAGUUGUGGGACGUUCUGAAUUUCACUGUACUACAGUUGCUUCAAAGAUCUCCGUAUUUUUUCCAUAUGUGAUUCAUAGGACAACUUGGUAAACAUCUAGGAUGUUUACAAGAAUAUCCACAUUCCUCUGUUCUUGAAUUUUUUUAAAAAAAUUUAUACACAAGCACUUUAAUGAUAGUUGCAGUUUAUAUUUUCAGUUUAUUUUUUGAAAGAUCAACACACUAAUGUUAAUAUGAAGGUAGUGAAUAUUUGCUGAUGUAUUAUAGACAGACAAUCUGUGCACAACCACUUAUAAUGUUAGUUUAUUUCUUUAAAUAUUAAUAAAAAGGGAGGAUAGUAUGGGAGAAAUUCAAAGUAAUUUUUCUCUCGAUAUGAUGAAUGACCACUAUAGAUAGCACUUGACUUUGUAUAAUUUGGAAAAUGUUUUAGAUCCUUUUUUUUUUUUUUUUAAACCUUUUAAUCAGAAUUUUAGUAAAACUGUUGCAUGCCUGCCAUUAUGGGAUUCUUGGCAAGUUUUGUGCAUCAGUGGUUUUGUUUUGUUAUUUUUCUAUUUUAUUUUAUUUUUUACUUUUUAGAAAAUAUUUUGUUAGUGAUUUGUGUCAAAUUGCUACAAUUUGGAAGGUACUGUACAUCAGAAGAAAUACCAUGUUUUUUAUAUAGGUUCACUCCCUUACUUAGGGAGGUGCCUCGUGUUCAUAUAUACUUUUUGUAUAAAAUAUAUCUAAAAAUGUUGAUCACAAGAUCAGAAGUAAAAAUACUUUUUAUGGAUAGAGAAAUAUUUGGCCCUGUUAGUGCAUUGCACUAAAAAUACUGUGAAUGGGAACUGGACUGUAGCUGUUGCUGGAAAUGUUUUAUAUUGAAUGUACAUGCUGUUUUCUUUUUUUUUUUUUUUAUAAAUGUACUGUAUUUGGUUUAAAAUAAAGCAGACUGGAAAU